CCGGCUUUACCUGUUGCCCAAAAAAGGGGGAAAAUAUGUUUGAAAAUAUUUCACCUUCCAGUUUGCCUAGUUAACACCAGGGGAAUCACUAGGCUACUAACCUAUAGGGCACUGCUGUAUGACGCUUCAUAAUACAUUAAUUGUAAACCAUUAUCGUCAUACACGAUUGUGUUUCGUACCUGUAUCACGACAUUAUGCCAACAUUUAAGUAACUAAAAUCAGGACAAUUUCGAAUUAUUUUUCAGUUGCUUUUUUUUUUUUUUGCUGCGGUCGUCACAGGCAAAUUCUGAGCUGGAAUUCGUCAUAUCAAAUGAUCGGCAGUUACUUCUCUUUCGCUUCUUUAUGUCCACAUCUGGGUCCGCAAAUGCUUAAGUCUUACGCAGUUUUAUUGCACAACGCUUCCCGACUCUAGUUGACUCAAAAAGGGUAAGUGUUUCAAAGAUCGACAAAGUCUUUCUUUUUGGAACGGACGACGGGGCGAGCCUUUAUCCGGAGUGGAUUCGCAGCUCCAAGCUUUCACCCCAUGCGCAUUCCUUUACAGGUAGAACUGAAAAAAACGUCUUUUCCGCUCACGCCCAACUUGGUGUUUGCGUGGUAUGCGUUUCUGUGUCCACAACAGGUGUUUUUAGUCGCAUUUGGUGUCGGCGGCCAAUCUUCAGAAAAAAAAAAUCUGGAAAGAGGAAAAAGUUGCUUCGCUUAGUUUAUUAAUAAACUUCAGCUGAAGAUCGGUGGAGGCAUUAUGUGCGGAAGAAUGGACACCCUUUCACUUUAAAAGACAGGGACCGGAAUUUCGGCAAUGGGGGGUUGCUGGCGGCGGUGCCAACGGACCUGCCCGUGCUGUCUGACGGAGCAGGAGAGGAAGGACAUCGAAGUGGACCGCGAGAUACAGAGAAUUCUUAAGCAGCAGAAGAAACGAGAGCGGAAGGAAGUUAAAGUUCUUCUCCUGGGCACCGGGGAGAGCGGGAAGACGACGUUCAUAAAGCAGAUGCGGAUCAUCCACGGAGAGGGCUAUUCCGAGGAGAACCGCCGGGCCUUCGCCAAGCUGGUCUUCCAGAACAUCUUCACCGCCACCAAGGCCCUGGCCAACGCCAUGACCACCCUCAGCAUCCCCUACUCCAGCCCAGACAACCAGCUGUACGCACAGUGGAUCCAGGACGUGGAGACGCGGCAGGUCACCACACUGGAAGCCCGACACACCGACGCCAUCCGCCGCCUCUGGGCCGACCCGGGUAUCAGGACCUGCUACGGCCGCCGUCGAGAGUUUCAGCUUCUGGACUCAACCGAAUAUUACAUGAACAAUCUUGACCGCAUAGCGGCCCCAGGCUACAUCCCCACUAUGCAGGAUGUGCUGAGGGUUCGAGUUCCAACCACAGGCAUCAUUGACUACUCUUUCACUGUCGAGAAAAUCUCGCUCAGAAUUGUGGAUGUCGGGGGUCAGAGGUCAGAGCGCAGGAAGUGGAUCCACUGUUUUGAGAAUGUGACCUCCCUCAUCUUCCUGGCCUCCCUCAGCGAGUACGACCAGGUCUUAGAAGAAAAGGAGACUGACAACCGCAUGGAGGAGAGCAAGGCUCUGUUCUACACCACCGUCCACUCCCCCUGGUUCGUCCGUUCCUCCAUCAUCCUCUUCCUCAACAAGAUGGACAUCCUGGCUGACAAGAUCCAGACGUCCGACCUGAAGACCUACUACCCCGGCUUCCCAGGAAGGAAACGCGACGCUGAGGAUGCCAUGGAUUUCAUUUCGGCCAUGUACCUGGAGCUGGCCCAGGACAGAGUGAGCCAUGAGAACGUGAAGAAGCCGGUGUACUCGCACUUCACCUGCGCCACCGACACUCAGAACAUUGAGCGGGUCUUCACCGACGUCAAGAACACCGUCCUCCUGGAGGCCCUGAGCCAGUUCAACCUGUACUGACCGCCCCCCCCCCCCCCCCUCCAAAACCUCUAAGCUCAACACUGGGUGGGGGGGUUAGGGGGGGAGUUGUUUUUAAUGCGAGUGGACACUGUGGUGCUCGUGUCCUCCAUUCCGCCCCCCCCCGAGAGUGACGGGCGUUCUCCUUGGAUUUGGGAGGAGCCCAUUUGAGAUGCAGCUCGGAGUGCAGGACCUUAAAUGACUGGGAGCGACGUGACCCUGUGUGGAGGGCAAAGGGCAAAAGUUACACUGUAAUGUCAGUGUUUUUUUUGUUUUUGUCUUUUUUUUUUUUCUUCUCCCCGCCCCCCCAC